AUGUCUGCUCUCAACGCCACCUACCCCUCUGCCAACACCACGGUCUCCACUGGACGCGUUGCUGCUCUCUACCACCGAUGUGGCGGCAUCAACUGGGAUGGUGCCACUGACUGCGAGGCCGGCUCCUACUGCAAGGUUCAGAAUCCCUUCUACUCCCAGUGUGUUGCCAUUGACGGCUCAUACACGAACGCAACUGCGACGGGCUCAAACGUCGACUACAUCAACACACUCCUCGCGUCUGGGUCUGCCUCAGCCCGGCCCACAACUCUCGUCACAAUCACCGCUUCCUCAUCUUCCGCUCCCGCCGUUGCCACUCCCACCGGUACAGCGGCAGAUGACGACGACUACUGCGACGAUGAGCCGACGGUGACCUCCUCUAUCUCAUUCAGGCCCACUGCUUCUGCUGCUGCGGCUGCUGAUGACGAGGGUGACUACUGCGAGGAUGAGGAGACAUUGACUGUCUCUGUCACAUCCAGGCCCACUGCUACUGCGGCGGCGGUCGCUGAUGAUGGGGAUGAUUACUGUGAGGAUUAG